ACUUCUGCUUUUGCUUGAACGAGGAAGAAGAAUAAGAAGACGAAGAUGUGUGGGAUAUGGUCGUUACCGCAAGAAGUGGCUAUGAAGUGCUUGGCUCAGGUAUCGAGAGUAGACCUCGCGGCUUUGGCUAUGGCCUCCAAGGAACACCGAUCUCUCAUCGUUUCCCUUGAUUUCCGGCUAUUGAGAUUCCAGAUGCGUUGUCUCGAGUCAAACAUCUACCUGUGGUUGCACAUCUUACCAGAACCGACCCCACGCUGGUUUAUCCUCAACCCCGUGCACCGUCGUCUGAAACCCAUCCAUCUAAAAUCCGACAAGGCUCCUCCGGAAUCAUCGUCCGCUUUCGUGUUGAGGAGUUUUGGGGUGUUUGUUGUCGGUGGACUCGUAAACGGCAAACCCACUUCGGAUGUCUCCUUCUUCGAUUGUUUCGAUAACACUUGGCAGUCUCUUCCGCCCAUGAAGAUAUAGAAUCACAAAGCUUUAAGAAUCACAAUCUUAAUAAGAAGUCCCUCUCUUAUUUAUUCAAUCACAAGCUCAAAUCACAAGUCACAAUAAUUUUAUGCAACACAAUAUGCAUCUCCGUAUAUAUAGAACUAGAUAACUCCUAAUUCUAUUAGUAUUAUCACAAAACCAUAUUCCUAAUCUUAUAGAUAAUCAUAACACAAUAAAGAAAAGGAAACUUAUAUUCCAAGCUUAUCCAACAUUCUCCCCCGUAAGCUUGAGCUCAUUUUCAUUCACGUUCUUGACCCCGAUUAAGUUUCUCAUUUCAACAAACUUUGUUCUUCCCAACGAUUUAGUCAGUAUGUCUGCUCUCUGUUCAAUGCCCGGUACAUGUUUUACCUCGAUCUGCUCCUUCUCAACACACUCGCGAAUAAAAUGAAACCUUCGAUGAAUGUGCUUGCUUCGGCCAUGGAAAACAGGAUUUUUCGUAAGUGAAAUUGCAGACUUAUUGUCCACCUUUAAUGUCACCUUCUCGCAUGCCUUUCCCAUGACCUCGCCAAGCAACUCUUGCAACCAUAUCGCCUGCUUUGCUGCUUCUGUGGCAGCCAUAAACUCAGCCUCGCACGAUGACAGAGCAACUAUCUCUUGCUUCUGUGAGGACCAUGUGAUUGGACUAUCAUCAAGAUAAAAUACAUGACCCGUUGUGCUUUUCCCAUCAUCUUCGUCAACAUUAUGUGAACUAUCACUGAAGCCAACUAUUUCCAGCCUUGAGGAUCGAGUGAACAUAAUACCGUGAGACGUAGUCCCUCGUAUAUACCUUAGGAUUUGCUUCAAAGCUGCACCAUGUGACUCCUUUGGUUCUUGCAUAUAUCGACUCAAGAGUCCAACACUAAAGUUCAAAUCUGGACGAGUGUGCAGUAAGUAGCGGAGACAACCUAUAUUUCUUCUGUACUCUGUCUCAUCGAUGCUUCUUUCAGCCGGUGACUUUGAUAACCUCACAUUAAAAUCCAUAGGCACAUGACUUGAAUUACUCAUACCCAUACCACUUUCCUCAAGAAGUUUAGUCGCAUAACGGCUCUGCUUCAGCGUAAUACCACCAUCAAAUUGAUAUACCUCAAUACCCAAAUAGUAUGUAAGUUUACCAAGAUCACUCAUCUCAAACUCAACUGCCAUGCUCUCUUUAAACUUGACUAUGGCUGAUAGAGACGAACCUGUUAUGAGUAAAUCAUCUACAUAGACCACAACGAUUAACAGGCUUGUUUUGUCCUGCCUUCUGUAGAGAGAUGGUUCUUUAGAGCAUCGAUGAAAGUUCAGACCAACGAGUAUCUUGUUAAGCUUGACGUUCCACGCCCGGGGAGCUUGCUUUAGCCCAUACAGAGCUUUUCUUAACUUGUACACCUUUCCUUCUUGUCCUGCCACCUCAAACCCUUCAGGCUGAGACACAAAUACCUCUUCCUUCAAGUCACCGUGUAAAAAGGCAGUUUUCACAUCGAGGUGGUGUAUUUCCCAACCGGACGCUGCGGCCAAGGCAAUGACAAGACGGAUGGUUUCCACUCGAGCUACCGGAGCAAAUACUUCGUCAUAAUCAAUUCCAUGCUUCUGAACAUAGCCUUUGGCUACUAGUCGAGCUUUGUACUUGAUAAUACUCCCAUCAGCGUUCCGUUUCAGUUUAAAAACCCACUUUAAUCCGAUAGGUUUCACUCCUAUAGGCAAGUCAACAAGGAUCCAUGUAUUGUUCUUCUCAAUCGAGACUAUCUCGUCUCUACAAGCAUCGAGCCAGACUUGUAGCUCUUUUGCUUCCGAGAAGCUCCAAGGUUCAUCAUUGAUGAUCAUAAGAAGCCGUUCGUGUUCUUCCUCAGCAAGAAGAAUGUAGUCAUCUAGAUAGGCGGGUUUGCUACCUAUUCUUGUUGAUCGCCUUGGCGCAAGCUGAGGCUGCUCAUCCUCUGUUUCAUCAUCAUCAUCAUCAUCCUCCACUUCGAUUGGAGUGUCAUUACCAAGCAAAUCUCCUGAUUCCUCCGUACCUUGCGCCUCAAGGGAACCCUUUAGUUUGAGUUCGAACCCUCCAAGGUUCCUUUCAUUACUCUGUUUCUCUGUAUUCCAUUUCCAGCUUACAUCUUCUGUAAAGAUCACGUCGCGAUUCACCACAAUUCUCAUCUUCGAUGGGUCUAGGAGCCGGUAAGCUUUGCUCCCGGGUUCAAUCCCGAGAUGUACUAGACGUCGUGAGCGGUCAUCAAGUUUCUUUCUCCCAGUUUUAUCUGAUACUGCAUAACACACACAUCCAAAAACCCUUAAGUGAUUAAGGUUUGGUUUCUUGGACCGCAAGACUUCAUACGGUGUCUUCUCACUAAGUGAUCUUGUCGCAAGUCGAUUAAUCAAAUAAGUAGCGUGUCGUACUGCCUCUCCCCAUAGGUGAUUAGGAACAUCCAUAUGCUUUAAUAUGCUUCUGGUCAUCUCGAGUAACGUACGGUUUCGUCGUUCGACAACGCCGUUUUGUUGAGGCGACCAGGGUGCUGUAAGAUGUCUCCGUAUACCGUUCUUGUUGCAGAAGUUAUCAAACUCGUGAGAGGUGAACUCACCGCCUCUGUCCGUUCUCAGUGUUUGAAUCUCAGUUUUUGUUUCUUGUUCGACCAUCGUUUUGAACCGCUUGAAGCUUUCGAAAGCUUCACUUUUUUCUUUCAUCAAAAUAGUCCACAUGUAACGGGAGCAAUCAUCAAUAAGAACAAAAACAUAACGUUUCUGUCCUGGUGUAGCAGGAGUAAUAGGACCGCAAAGGUCUCCAUGGAUGAGUUCCAGAAGUUGUGUUGCUCGGUAUUGAGUUUUCUGCGGAAACGGUUGUCUACUCUGUUUUCCAAGCAAACAGGAUGUACAUGUUUCUUUCUCGACCAUAAUCCUUGGAAUGCCAGUGACAAGCUCCUUAUUUAUCAUUAAUUUCAUCGUCUCAGUGUUAACAUGACCGAGUCUCGCAUGCCACUUUGAUGAUUCACUCGAUGCUAUUUGUAAGCAUUGUAUUUUGUCUGUUUGCAAGGUGACUUUGUAUAGACGGUUCCUUGAUCGUACAGUCUCGAUCAUGAGAUGUCCAUUGCGAUCAUAUAGCAUUAGCGUGUCACCUUUUAACCGUACCUCACAGCCAACUUCAGUAGCUUGUCCUAGGCUUACAAUAUUGCUCUUUAACGCCGGGAUGUAGUACACAUCGUUUAGUAUCUUCUUAGCGCCUCCUUUGAAUACAAACCGAAUGGAGCCUUUUCCCUUGAUAUCGACACGGGAAUCGUCUCCGAAGCGCACUUUACCAGUUAUUUUUUCGUCAAUCUUAUCAAAGAAGGAUAGGUUUCCACUCAUGUGGUUGGAAGCUCCGUUAUCAAGGUACCACAAGUCUUGAUUGUCGAGGUCAGAGUCGAAGAUGCUUGGGUUAACCUUUUGUUCGUUGAGAUAGACUACCUCAUGCAUCAUCAACUCAUCGGCAUCUUGUGUAUCAUCGUCUUUCUUUUCCGUGGUCUCUUGUAGUUUAAGCAGUUUGUCUGGACAAUCGUUUGCGUAAUGUCCAAGUUUGUCACACUUGAAACAAGUGAUGUGAGAGACAUCACGUUGAGCACCUUGUCGAUAGGCUUCCCGCUGUUGUUGGAAGUUGCUGUAUCUACCUCGACCUCGUCCUCCCCGUGAGUUGUAUCGACCUCCACGUCCUCGACCUCCACGUCCUCCAUACUGUUCGUGUUCUGCAUUGGAGUAUAGUAGUUUGCUUCGAUCAUCUUGAAGCUCCUCAUCUUCCUCUCCUAUUCUUUCUUCAUAAGCUUUUAACCUCCCAACUAUAUCUUCAAAGCUAGUGGCAUUGAGAUCAAGGACUUGCUCCAAUGAAGCAACAAUCUGAAUGUAUCGUCGUCUUGGUAAGCUUUUAAGAAAUUUCUUUACGAUUUUUGGUUCUUCAAUGAUCUCUCCAAGUGAGGCAGACUUAGAGGUGAUUUCUGAUAUUUUUCCAACAAAUGUAUCGAUAGUGUCUUCGUCUUUCAUCUUAAGUCUAUCAAAUUCCGCCAUUAGAGUUUGUAAUCUUGCUUCCUUUACUCUCUCUGCUCCUACAUGUCUAGCCUUUAUUGCAUCCCACACUGCUUUCGCUGUAUCUAAAUCCCCCACUUGAAGGAUCAAAGCUUCUGGUAUAGACUGGAAUAAAAACGCUAUUGCCAUAUUGUUUUUCUUCUCGUCUUUAACUCCUGGAUCAAUUGUUUCCCACACUUCGCUGACUUUGAGUGCUAUUUUCAUUCUCAUGGACCAGACAGUAUAGUUCGAAGAAGUUAGCAUUGGAAACUUUAUAGAGGCAGGCCCCUUCUCCUUGUGUAACACGAUUUCAUCCUUAGCUUCGCUCAUGUUUGCUGUUUUGUUUUCUUCAAGCUUUUGUUAUAUGAUGGCUCUGAUACCAAAUAUAGAAUCACAAAGCUUUAAGAAUCACAAUCUUAAUAAGAAGUCCCUCUCUUAUUUAUUCAAUCACAAGCUCAAAUCACAAGUCACAAUAAUUUUAUGCAACACAAUAUGCAUCUCCAUAUAUAUAGAACUAGAUAACUCCUAAUUCUAUUAGUAUUAUCAGAAAACCAUAUUCCUAAUCUUAUAGAUAAUCAUAACACAAUAAAGAAAAGGAAACUUAUAUUCCAAGCUUAUCCAACAGAAGAUGCCUCGUGCUUCAGCGUCGGCAAACAUUAUAGACCAGAAGAUGUACGUGCUUGGAGGGUGCGGGGAUGACGCUGAUUCCUCGAACUGGGCAGAAGUGUUCGAUCUAGACACCGAAACCUGGGAGUUCUUGUCUGUAACUAGUCCGAGGAAGAUGCCCCUCAGUAUCCGACAAAGCAUGUUGAUGUUACAAAAGAAUGAGGUUUACGCGGUGGAUGAGGAUGGUCAAAGCUUCUCCUUCUCACCAAGUGAUAACAGUAUAUCAAACGGAGUAGCAGAUUCUAAGCCAGGGUACCGAAGCGAUUGGUGUUGGAUUGGGGGAUUCUUGUUCUGUGGUAGUUCCCGUGGGAAAAUACUGUGGUGUUCCCCGUAUGAGUUGAAUUGGAAGGAAGUGAAGGGUUUGGAUGAGCUGUCCGAAUAUGAUAUCAGCAAACUCUGCAGAAAGUCUGAUAAGAACAAGAACAUUGUCGUCUUCUGGAACUCUAGCUCUCUAGGCUCUGAGCCUUUGGAGAUUUGGUCUGCCGAGAUUUCCCUGGAGUUACGCCACCCACACGAGCUUUGGGGGAAGAUUGAGUGGUCUGGUUCUGUCUUCACACUUGAUCCUCUCUCGCACUCAUACGGUGGCAUUAAGCUCUUGUAUGCUGUGUCUAUCCGUGCCUGAAAUUCCUCAGUCCUUGUUUAAAAACUAAUCUAUUCAUUUAAUCGCUUUAUUUAUUUGCUGUCUAAUGUUUUUAUAUAAUUUGCAAUCCACUCACAAAGCGCUUUUUAUUUUGUCGAA